UCACUCGUUUGUAAAAUUGUUCGUUUGAAUUAAAAAGAUAUGUUUUUCUCCUUGUAACACUAGCAAAUAUUAACAGAAUAAUGACAUUCGAUUGCAAAAUCAUUAUUGUAGCUGCAUUUUACUGUACCAAAAUGUCCAAUUUAACAGGAAAGAAACAUUAAAGUUUAAAACGGAUGUUGUGUAUAAAAAGGCUGUAAUAUAGCACCACAAAAAAGCAAACCAACAGAUGAGGAACAAGUUUAAUUUGUGUUACACGAUAUAGCUAAAGAAACUCAGUGGUAACCAGAAUGACUGCUAAUGCAUAUUAAGCAUCAAUGUAAACUAAUUCAUUUAUUUUCGACGUGAGGGAGUAUGCUGAGAAAGUCUUCCUGAUAUUCUGAUGUCUGUGGUUAGGCCCCUGCCUUCGUUUACUGGAGAACAGGCUGGCUUCCAAAAGAUUGUCUUAUCAAGGGUUGACAUUACUGUUCACAAAGCCAGCUGAUAGGACAAAUCCAGCCCAACGAAACUUCAUGUCCAGUCACACAAUAUGACAAUUGGAGCACAUGGGAAGGGAAACGUGAAACAGUUUCAAACAAGAUAUAUUCUUAUGGUUAAUGUCAAUUUUUGGACGUUUCAGAGUGACAUCAUCGUCCGUUUACGGACUGAUUCACUGCAUCAGGGGUCUGUCCUGAAUGUGUUCAUCAAUCAACAGUGUACUUCCCCGGAGGAUCAGCUGUGAGGGACUGGCAAACCCUGGAAGACUGCAUGGGGAGGUGUCCACCAAUGUCACUGGAUUCCGGGCACAUCGUUCCCCCCAGCAUUUGGAGAUGGACGUGGCCUGGCAGGAACUGAUGGCCAUCACAGAACUUCAGGAGUUUGAGGUGCCCAAUGAGAAUCCCUUUGAAGCUAUUCCAUACCUGUCCACGGAGCCCAUGGUUUCUCAAGGGGGGAUCGGGAUGAGUCAGCCGCAGCCAGACUCCAUUCCAGCCAAUUGUGAUGCCCAUUCUUCUGGUGUUUAUGAAAAUGCAUACCCUGAAAUGAUGCCACCUUAUCAGCGUUUGAACCCACACAUGGAUAUGCACUACAGCCUCCCUGUCCCUGGCGGCCACGGUUCUUCAAGAAUGCUUGCGAAUACGCAAGGUCUUCAUCCACCUCUCAUGAGUCUUUUGGAGCACAUGAACAUGACACGCGGUCAUGGGAUUGUGAAAGACGGCGUUAUCAACCUUCACUGCACAGGACAAAUCAAACAGGCUUGUGGAGAUGAUCUCGAGUCAGAUUCUGGUUUGUCGCUUGGUUCAAGCCCACCGCUUGCCUCUCCUGAGAAUGCAGUGCAUGGAGUACCUUCGUACUUACCUGCAGAUGGUAUGAUGGGCUACGCCGAAAGCGAAAGUAUUGGGGAGCAAUGUCGCAUGCGGCAGAGUUUGCUUGGGUCUGUUGACUACCAGCAGUCCUACAGUUCAUACCCCGGAACUUCUUAUCCCACAACUGCAAAUAUGCAACCUAUCAACCAGCAGACUUACCAACAAAUUGCAUCAAUGAAGCAACCGGUUUUACCCACAGCCCUGCAUGAUCUACAACUGAACAGCUCAGGUUUAACAAGACUGGGUUCAUAUCAAUCUAUGUACCCAAAGCAAAAGUCCAGCAGCGUUCCUAUACCCCUGAGCAGAGAUGAGCGGAGAGCCCUCGCUCUCAAAAUCCCAUUCUCACUGGAGAAGAUAGUGAACCUUCCAGUGGAUGACUUCAAUGAGCUCUUGACCCAAUUCACACUGAACGACGCUCAGCUGGCACUCGUGAGGGACAUUCGCAGACGUGGGAAGAACAAAGUGGCUGCUCAGAACUGCCGCAAGCGGAAGAUGGAGAACAUUGUGCAUUUAGAAAACGAGUUGGGACAACUUAGAGCCCAAAGAGAACAUUUAACCAGAGAGAGACUGGAGUUUCAGCAAAACCUAGCCAUUAUCAAAUGCCGGCUCUCAGAUCUUUACACCCAAGUGUUUUCACAGCUUCGUGAUGAGGAGGGACACCCUUAUUCAGUUGAUGAGUAUUCACUACAACAAACUAAUGAUGGCAACAUUUACUUGGUGCCACGGAACACAGUCCUGGAGGGUGAAUGAACUUUUUUUGUUGUUUUAUAAAGUCACCCAUAGAUGGACAACUAAAUUCAUGAGGUUUCUACAAUUUAUGAACAAUGAAUUUCAUUUACUUCAAAUAAAUGGAAUCAUGAAUGGAUAAAGACUUAAAAUCACUUAAGAUAUCAAACAGGAUUUUUUUUUUUUUUCGCCAAAGUAGUUUAGGAUAGUAUAACUACAAAAAUGUAUAACUACAGAAAUUGCAAAGAGCUUCGAUGAUAAAGAAAACACUUCCAAACUUUUGUUAAUAGACUAUGCUGCAAGUUUUUUUUUUUUUUGGCACUUUUGUACAAUAAAACAUUGGUCUAAAAGAGAAUCAGUAUCAUGUCCAACAUAAACACAUGCUUUCAGUAAACGAGUUCUACACAAGACAGGAUCACAUCAUUUGUAGCAUUAAAAUUUUUUAUUGGUAAAAAAGGGUUAAAAAAAGUAAUAAAAAUAGUCUCUUUAGCUGCAUUUUGGUCCUAGAAAAAAAAAAAGAAAUAAAGUUUGAAUUUUGGAAUAUUGUAAACAAGAUAUUGCAUUACAAUAGCAAGUACCUCUAUCAUUUCACCAGUUUAGAAAGACAAAUGCCUUUUCAUUUCAAGAGAUGAUUUUCACUCAUCAGAUCCUGAAAAAGCAAGCAUAACAUGGUCAGCACAUUAAAUAUAGAAUAAGAAAAACCAGUGGGCAUGCAUUAAAAAGGGUUUAAGUUCUACAAAAUCUUGUGCACCAAACUAUGCUGACUGCAGUUACUUCCCCUGUAACAUACACACUGAAGGGGAAGUUGACAUUAACUGUACAGCUUCUGCUAAUAAAAUUGUUUUACAAUUA